AUGGAUCACAUGGCAGCCAUCCCUCUCAAUCUAUCCAACUCUUUCCGGUUUUCAUCCACUUCCAUUCAUAGAGGCCGUAGCGAUUACGGCGACAACCGUAGCAGCAGUAGCAGCAGUAGUAGUAACGUCACGAAAAACAAAACAACAGCAUACACGAUCGCAACAACUACAGCUACAACUACAACAACUAAAAUUACUACUAGUAGGAGCAGUAACGAGUGGGAUCUGAAACAAAUUUGCGACACAUACGCGGGCAGGCUGUCGUUGAAAGAGAAAAACGAGAAACCAACGAAAGGUGGAAAAAUUUUGGCAGUGGCCAAAGUCGCUGGUGACGAUGGUACAAGUGGUGGUGGUGGUAGAAGUGGUGGUGGUGGUGGCGGGGAUGGUAGAAGUGGAGCAACAUGCAUGGAUGACGUGGAGAGACAUAAACAAAUUACAACUUCCCAUUCUACCGCUCUCACCGACUUAACUUACACUAGUAAUAACAACAAUAACACCACCCCCAAUAACAACAACAACAACAACAGUGACAUCAACAAAAACAACAACAUUAACAGGAGAAGUAACGGCACCGGCAGCCAAAAUGAGCCCACAACACAUCAAUCUCUACCUCAUCCUCUUCCUCCUCAUCCUCCUCCUUCCCAUCCACCAAGAAGUGACGUCACAAUAGCAGCUAGCAAGCAGGACAUUCCAAGAUCCGAUUCUAAUGAUAUACAAUUCGAUAAUGAAGACGACGACGACGAUGAUGAAGAGGAUGAGGAGUUGAUGGCCAGCAUGCAUCUAUUGAACAGCAACAACAACAACGACGACGACGACGUGCUCAUCUCCUGCAACGAUCGUCACCACCACCACCAUCAUCAACCUGUGACGUCACAAAUAUCAUCAGCAUCGUCAUCACGCCAUCCCGAUGACGUCACUGACCUUUUCAUUGAAAGGUCAAAAAUGCCCUUGGGUCUUCGCCUAAUUGGUGGUUCAAACACGGCAAUGAAAAACGUGUACGUCAGUGAAAUUAUCAAGGAUGGAGCAAUUGACCUUGACGGAAGGUUAAAAGUUGGUGACGUCAUUUUAGAGAUAAACGGUCACAAACUCGAUCAAACGCUCAACAACAACAACAUUAACAAUAGCAACAACAAUAGCAACAUCAGCAACAUUGUUAACAACAACAAAAACAACAAAAACACCGCAAGCACAAACAACAACACAAACGUUAACAACAUCAAUAAACACAUCAACAACUUCAACGACGACGACAUAGCAAGAGCCUAUUAUCUCCUGCAACAAAACAACAACAAUUUAAAACUUCUAAUAAAACGUUCCAAAAACCAAAACAACAACAACAACACUAGCAACGACAGCAGCAACGAAACAUCAACGACAAACAACAACAGAAACAACAACUCGCGACAAAACAGCAACGUCAGCAACAGUUUAAAAGACUAUUCAACGUUAGAAUUCAACAACAUCAGCUACUACGACAACUUCACUUUGGAGUUGGUGAGGAAGGUCAACAAAGGACUCGGCAUCUGUUUCUCCUACGGACAUUACAAUAAUUCACUCCUUGUUACAAAUAUUAUCAAAGGAAGCGCAGUUGACAUAGAUGGAAGAUUGAUGGUGGGUGACGAAAUUGUGGCAGUCAACGGAGAAGAAAUAGGUGAAGGUGAUUUGAAGGUCACGAAACUAAAACUUGUGGCAGGGAACGAUCCAUCACACUGCUGGGUAUCAAUUAGCACAAUCUGUUACAAAAACAUGUUUAGAAGUAAGAUAAAAAAAAACAUAUCGUCAGAGAUAUCGCAGACGUCACUUGAAUACGGCAUGAAAGUUCUUAAGUUAAAGAAAGAAACGCAUAGACGCACGCGUAUUUUUAACGCCACGUAUAGCGGGAAAGUUACCUUAAAAGUGAACCGGAUCAAAAAGAUAGCAACACAUCCCGUGAUCUGA